CCACCCCGCGCCGCCGCCCCUGACGCACGCCAGCACCGCCCCCAAGGCAUCGCCCUUUUAAGAGUCCCUCUCGCUCAGCUUCCCUAACGGGUCGUCCGAAGAAGAAGAAGCCGGUAGAGCUGGCGGGACUUAGCUUCGCUCUUUAAAAAAAAACCAGAAACAAAAAAACAAUAACCCACCUUUCCCGACCCGAGCUGCCGGACCACCGGCGUGGCCCUUUUAAGAAGCAAGCCCCCAGUGACUCCGGCGCCCCCUCCCCCCCAUCCCGGAGGAGUCCGGCCCGGAAAGAAGCUCGAGCAGAGUCGCGCUCGCCGGAGACAGACGGGCGGACGGACUGACGGACGGUCUGUAGGUCGGUGAGCCGGAGCGGCGGCGUGCGGAGCGCAGGGCACAGGCUGUCUGGCGGCCGAGGGGGCUGGCUGCGGGAGGCGGCGGCGGCGGAUGGGGACCUUGAGCGGGCCGGUGGCUACGGAGGCGGCGGCGGCAGGGGCAGGGGCUGGAGAGCUGACGGGACAGCGGCAGCGGCGGCGGCGCUGGCGGCGGUGACGAACUCAGGCCCCGGCAGCAGCGACGAGGUGGCGGGGGCUGGCGGCGGCGGCCGGAGCAAGCAGCCCGAGGGGUCGUGAGGGUGCCAGGCCGCCCCCCAGCCCAGCCCAGCCCCACGCCUCCGAGUCCCCUCCAGCCCUCCGGGGCCCCCAGCAGCCGGGGCCGUGGAGCACCGGGGCAAAGGCCGGGGUCCCCCCAUGAAGGAGCGCGACUCGGCCCCGGCCGAGCGGGGCAAGCCGGCCACCUACACCGGGGACAAGAAGGCGAAGAUGGCGGCCAAGACCAACAAGAAGUGGGUCCGGCUCGCCACCGUUUUCGCCUACGUGCUGUCCGUGUCCCUGGCCGCCAUCGUGCUCGCCGUCUACUAUAGCCUCAUCUGGCAGCCCGUGGGGGCCGGCACCUCCGGGGGUCCCGGCGGCCCGCCCCCCGGCCCCUCCAACGCCACGGUCUCGGCCACAGCCGCGGCGCCGGCCGGGACCCCGGGGGGAGCGGCGGGGGGCCCCAACGCCACGGCCUCACCGAGGACCGAGGCGCCGCAACCCGCGCCCCCGCUGCAAAGCUCCCGGACCACGGCCCGGCCUCCCGGCCGGUCCGGAGAGCAGCGGCAGGAGCUAGAGGAGGAAGCGCCGGCGGCGGCACCCGGGAGUCGCUGAAGCCGCUCUGGAUAGGGGUGGUGGGGGGCGGCUAAGAAUCCUUCCCUGGCCUUCCCCAACCCCAGGGGGACAGGACUUUGCAGCCGCCGGUGCGGGGCUGGGAAAGUCGGCUCGGGGUAUGGACCCCCAGCCGCGGCAGCCAGCGGCCCCGGGUCCUAUGGGUCGGCAGUCCCCGGGCCCGAUCUGCUGCGGAGAGAGGGACCAAGAUUCGCCGCUGGCUUUCCGUUCCGUCCUCAGAGGACCGUGAUGCACCAGGGCCCGAGCCGGGAGGAUAAUUGGGGUGGGGGGGUGGGGAGAUUUCCCAGCUCCGAACCCUCCUUGGCUGUCUCUUGAGUAUCCUUAAGGGGUGUCCCGGGCUUUCCCAUCCCCCCCACCCCAGACUCAGGGGUUGGAGGGAGCUAUAGGGGCUCCUUUUAAUAAGCUGAAGCCCUCAUAAAAGUAGGGAGCACAAGUAGUGGAGCUCAGGUGUCAACCUAGUUGCAAUGGCCACAGAUGCAUUUAAUUUAUAGAUUCGUGUAUAUAAUUGUCGACAUAUGCACUUAGAAGCUAUAAUUACAUAGAGCUAUAUAUAUCCACCCACACCCUGGAUAGCUACCGAUUGGUGUGUCAAGCAAGGGCUAUGGCCCCCAAAAUGCUGGCCCCCAAGUGCAGCUAGUCAGGAGGGCACCUUUAAUCAUGAAAUUGGUUUGUUCAUCGCCUCCUUCCUCCAUCCAUACGUGAAGAUAGAUUGAUUUGUGACAUCCUUAAACCAAUAACAUUUGUCGUUGGAUUAGUUUUUAGACUUGUUGACAGUGAAAAACCUCAGGAGGAACGGGAAGCACUUUUUUGGGAGAGUGGGAAAUGCAAUGACACCCCCACCCUCCCAAGAGGCUUCCUGUUGCAUCUCCAGUUAUCUGGACAAGAGCCAGGAUAGAAGGAAGGGAAAAAGCAAGGCCUCUCUAUGCUUUAUUCUUAACCUUCCCAUCACAGGGGUCGGUUGGGGAAAAGUGAGCGAACAGAGUGGCUGGCAAGAGUGUUUUUGCCUUUUUGCUGCCCUUCAAGGUCUUGGCAUUACUCCAGUAAUCACACUCUUAUCAAGCUUAGACUUUCCUCCCUCUUGAUGCUGUAGUGAAAGCCUAACCCUCUCUUUGGGACUAAAUCUGUUCUGGUGAAAUAAGAGCCUUGUCACCAGUGCUCUGGUUUAGGAGCCUUACCACAGAAUCAGAAGGGUUGCUGAGGCGGGCUUUGUCCUUGUAGUUGUGUUUGGGCACAAAUAGCUUUUGGUAGCCAGCAAACAGAAAAAUCAUUUGAAAGGUAAAUUGAUGUGUUUUUCUCUCUACUGAUAAAGUCUCUAUUAUGCAGCAUAUACUUUUUAUUGUGGGGUUAAGAAACAAAAGGAAAAUGACUUAGAAGGAGCAGGAGUCAUUCUUUCUAUUGGGAUUCCGUUUCCCUCUGCCAUUAGCUAGCUAUAGCCAAGCACUUGCAGUACAGCAACAGGAGAGCAACCCCCUCAGUAUUUCCUUUUUGGGAAAAUAUGGCACUUUAAGAAAAAAAAAAAGCAAAAAAAAAUUACUUUUCCACCUGUGUGUCCUGAAAUGGUUCAUCUCUGCUGUUUUCUGGCCUAGUCUUUAGCCAGCUGCACUUCAAGUUUACCAGACAGCAGCUAUGCUUUAAGCCAUUGUCCUGUGUGGGCCAAGAUAAUAGCACCAGAGCUGUCAUAGCCUAAGGACAGGCCAGCAGCCCUCCUAGGAGUAUUACUAGAGGAGGAUUUCUUAGCUGCUGGCUAUGGUCAUUACACAGUCUAUGGGGCCUUUUUUUUUUUUUUCCAGUAGGGAGAAUGGUGGGGAAAAAAUAUGAAAUAAUCACCUUUAUUACUUCAAUAAUAGCCUGCAAUUUCUAUUUACUGUGUGAAUUUUUAGUCCUCCAUUUUAAUAAUCUGGAAGUUUAUCUGUCGUCUCAAGACCUUUUGAACAAGAGACCAUCUGGGACUCCCCAGCAUUCCAGGACUGUCUUAAUCCACCUUGGGAUCCAAGAAUCUAGCAAGACCAUUCUAAUGUCCAACUGCUACCCCACUAACUCUAAAGCCUUCACUGGAAAUGGGACAUUAGCUCCAGCUCUAGGUGUGAACGUGCUCAGAGACCUUAUUUAUAAUUCAGCCAUUUAAGAUAUACCUGUACUCAAAAGUCCUGUAUAUUUUUUAAAAGUUUUAUUUUUCAGGUGAACAAAAAUACAUUCUCAGAACUCUGCCUAAACCUGUGUAAGAAUGUUAUUAAAUUUACUUUGUCGGUUAACUUGGAGAGAAAAAGGUGGGCACCAGGAGAAGGGUGUCUUCAGAUGCAAUAAGCAGAUACAGAUAAGUUUUGAAAGGAUUUUUUGGAGGAGGGGGAGUAAUCUGAGGGCUAUUGUUAGACUGGUUAAUAAAGGGAGGAAUAAUUUCACUUUAGACCUGAUGUAGUCUUAAGACCUUAGUAAUCAGUUGCAUGUUCCCAACAAGCAAAAGCUGCUUCUGCUGUCCUGACUCAGCCAAAGUGCCCAGCCUUCACUGGAAGCCCUCAUAACUGCUCCACUUUAACGAUGAGGUUGAGAGACGACAGAAUGCUUGACAAGCUGGCAGUUGAAGUAAGGCUUGAUUUCUUCUGAUAUCAUUAUUGCCUUCCUCCCUUUGAAGCCCUAUUUCUCAUGUUUAUCUCAAGAGGUUCCAAUGGUAUGCACUUAGAAACCUGUGGACUCUGCAGGACAGUUCUAGCCAUAGGUCAUGGUAAGGUACCACUUCAUGGCUUUAGCUUCAAAGGGGGAGGGGAGGAAAGGAAACAUUCCCACAAGGGAAGGGGAGGGCCAACUUCAGAAACCUUAAAAGGCAGUUUUUGAAAGGCAGGAUAAGAAGGUACAAACAUAAGGGAUUAGGCAUGCAGCAAAGUAUAGGGGAAGCAAUUCAAAUCAACCCAUUGUUAGCAAAAUCCUGCCCAGUACAAAUGUGGAGCUAGGAGCCAAUGUUAGAAAGGCCCCCUGAGGCCAGUGCUUCACAAGAGCUGCUGGGGGGCAGCUGCUGGGCUUUUACAUCACCUUGUAGUCUGCAGGGAGGCUUGGAAAAGGUCCGCCCUGCUUUUAUUCCCCUCUUCAACCCACACAAUAGCAUUUUGUUAGAGGGCUGAGUAAGGCAGAGCAAAGGAGGAGUGAAAGAGUUACAUGGUUCUUUCAGUCGGCCCCUUCUCUCUCGAGAUGGUUACAUGUUGCUUCUACAGCUGUACACAGCUUCACACAUUGUGGCAUAUGACAGCAGUCUGUACUGUGCGAUAUGCAGGCCCCUGCUGUCUAAUUAGAAGGGAACUGUUCCACCAAGACAGGGUCCAAUUGGCUGGGGAUCGUUGAAUGGAAAUAGCAUAUUUUCAGGGGUUGGAAUCCUAGUUGCAGAAAUGCCCAUUAACUCCCAAGCCAGCAGGGAGAGGUUUAAGCCAAGAAGUUGGCUUUCUCUUU